AUGCGGUGGCCAUUGUCAAGGCCGCUUGCGGCCCUGGCGUCGCUCGCCGCCUUCGCCUCUCCCGUGGCCUCCGAGUACAUCCUCCAGUCCAACUCCCUAAACGCCUGCCAGGAAAACUCGGGCUUCACGGCUAGCUUGUUCAAGGUUGUUUUCACGCCGAACAACCACACGGCAAACGUCGACAUUGUCGCCGUCUCGUCCGUUCAGGGCAGCGUCAUUUUCGAUGUCUCCAUCUCGGCCUACGGAUACGAAAUUAUCAAGCGCAAGGUCGACCCCUGCGACGCUGGCCUCGCCGGUCUGUGCCCCAUGACCGCCGGCAAGAUCCCGCUCAACUUUAACCUCAACGUUGGCGAGGAAGCCCUCGGCCAGAUCCCCUCGAUCGCCUACACUUUCCCGGACCUUGACGCCAAGGUGAAGGUCUUCAUCAACAUGACGGACGGGGCCGAGGCGGGCAAGAGUGUCGCCUGUGUCGAGGCCGACAUCUCCAACGGCAAAACCGUUGACUUGCUCGGCGUGAAGUGGGCCACCGCCAUCGUUGCCGGCCUAGCCCUGGUUUCGUCGGCCAUCGUGUCAGGCCUCGGCCACCAGAAUGCCGCUGCCCACGUCGCUGCUAACGCUCUCUCGCUCUUUGGAUACUUCCAGGCCCAGGCCAUGCUGGGCCUCACCGGAGUGCCUCUACCGCCCAUCGUCAUGUCGUGGACCCAGGAUUUCCAGUGGAGCAUGGGCAUCAUUCAUGUCUCCUUCAUGCAGGACAUUUUCACCUGGUACCAGCGCGCGACCGGCGGCACGCCCUCCACCAUUUUCGACUCGCUGACGACCGUCUCGGUCCAAGUGGAGAAGCGCGCCGUCGAGUUCGGCAUGGGCCUGGCAAAGCGCUCGCUGGCCAUGAUGCCGCGGACCAUUUCCGAGCCCAUGUCGGCCAUCAUGAAGCGCGAGCUGAUCAAGCGAGGCAAUAUCCAGACCAGCUCUGGUAGCUACAUUGUCUACGGCAUCCAGCGCGCGGCCUUCCGUGCCGGCAUCGAGUCGACCAACCUGUUUAUGACAGGUCUCAUUUUCUUCUGCCUCUUGGUCAUCAUUACCUGCGCUUCCGUGGCAGCUUUCAAGGGCAUGCUCGAAGUGGCGGCGAAGAAGAAGUGGAUUCCCGGCGACAAGUUCCUCGAGUUCCGCAACGGCUGGCUCACGGUCCUCAAGGGUAUCUUGUUUCGCCUGACCCUGAUCGGCUUCCCUCAGAUGACCAUCCUCUGCCUCUGGGAGUUCACGCAGAAGGAUUCCGCCGCCGAGGUUGUGCUGGCCGUCUUCUUCCUGCUUGGCAUGGGCGUCACCCUCGGAUGGGCUGCGUCUAAGGUCAUCAUGAUCGCCCGCCGCUCCGUCAUGAUGCACCACAACCCCGCCUACAUCCUGUUCUCAGACCCCCAGGCGCUCAACAAGUGGGGCUUUUUGUACGUCCAGUUCCGGGCCUCUGCUUACUACUUUAUCGUCCCCGUUUUGGGCUACGCCUUGGUCAAGGCCAUGUUCGUCGCUUUCGCGCAGGACAAGGGUACGGUCCAGGCCGUCGGUUUCAUCCUCAUCGAAGCCGCCGCCCUGAUCGCCGCUAGCGUGCUGCGCCCGUGGAUGGACAAGAAGACGAACUCGUUCAACAUCGCCAUCUGCGCCAUGAACUUUGUCAACUCCAUCUUCCUCCUGAUCUUCACUGAAGUCUUCAACCAGCCGCCUCUCGUCACAGGUGUUGUCGGCCUCGUGCUCUGGAUCGCGAACGCCGUUUUCGCCUUGAUCCUGCUGCUCAUGCUCAUUGUGAGCACCAUCUUCGUCUUCUUCCGCGAGAACCCCGACGGCCGGUACCAGAUUAUGGCCGACGACAGGACCUCGUUCAUGAAGUCGCAGACGCACCUCACGCAGACCACCGAGCUGGACGCCCUUGCCGCUACCGCGCGCGGCGACAAGUCCGGCUUUAAAAACGGCCUGGAUCUCGACGACGAUGCGGAGUCGAUCACGUCGGACUCGAUGCGCCACAAGGCCGAGCACCUGGGCGUGCCCUCGGCGAACAACUCGGUGGCGGGCUUCAACCGGCCUCACAGCCCCGCUUCCCCGGCUAUGCCCCUAUUCCCUGCCGACACUCCUCGGAGCCCUCCGCGGUACAACGAUCGGCCAGCCAGCCCGUUCAGUGCGCAGAACCGCCCGGCGAGCCCCUUUGGCGCGCAUAACCGGCCAGCAAGUCCAUUUGGUGCGCAAAACAGGCCUGCCAGCCCGUUCGGCGCGCCCAACAACGGGCCAGCAUUCCGGGCUCAGAAUAACUCGAGGUGA